AUACAAUUGCCCGAUUGGGACACCGAUGAGGCUGGAGCGACGAAGCCAGAGUGGCGGUGGUGGCUGCGCAAAUCCAUCGUCCAUCACUCAAACGGGCUUCAUCUCAGGCUCGAAGCCCGACCGUUGCUUCUGCUCUUUUCCUCCUCCUCCUCCUCCGCUGCUCUGCGCUCGCAUACAACCAGCAUCCGGCAGCAAAGUCCAGAACGGAAAUGUCGACGCCCUCGUCCGGCGCGGCCUCGCCGGCUACACCGCACGCCGUGCCGCAAGAUCUGCCGCUCAUAGUCUCCUGGGACGUCGAAGAGGUGGGGGAAUGGCUCGACCGGCUCGGGCUGGGCGUGUACAAAGCCGGCUUCGCGGACAACGAAAUCACCGGCGACGUGCUCAUCCACCUCGACCACGACUUUCUCAAGGAGCUCGGCGUGGCUGCUGUCGGCCACCGGCUCGCUAUCUUGAAAGCCGUCUACCAGAUUAAACGGGCGCAGGAUAUUCCCAUCGAGCCAGGCCAGUUCGUGCCGCUUUCGGAGGAAGCGCCCGACCGCGACUUUGUCGACAUCGACCGGCUCGUCCGAAGUCUCGAGAUCCGCGACCGGCGGAUCCAGGCCGCCGAGCUCGAGAUUAAACGGCUCUUGGAUUCCUACGCCCGUCUGCGAGAGGACCUGCUCCCGCUCUUCAAGCUCGUCAAAGAGACAAAGCCCCUGCCGACCCCGGAGUUUCCUCAACCUCCUCCGCAAGCGACCUCGCGCCACUCAAUGUUCAUUCCUUCCUCACAGCCUUCGUUUUCGAAUCCGCACGGGUUCCAGCAGCAUAUGGGAUCCAAUCUUUUUCGAAAACCGUCCACGAACAACAACAACAACAGCAGCGGCGGCAGCGGCAGCGGCAGCAGCAGUUCAAACAACAAAUCGCCGACUCAUGUCCCAGACUGGCUCGACCAGUCCCUCAUCCCCCCACCAAACUCAUCCCCCUCGGCGCGUCAAUCGUUCCUCAAUGGCACAGCGCAGCAGCCGAUCGCCCCUUCCGUGACUUCACCUGUACACCCCCCGACUAAGCUGCCGACGCCGCAGCAGCAACCAUCUCCAGACGCGCCUGAUUCACAACAGCCGAUGACCGACAACACGCACUCGAUGUAUGUCUCCUCUACGUCCCUCCCGGCUGGUUGGCAGCUCCAGAACCCGCCGUUCACAAAUCAGGCGCAUCGCAGAGUGAGCUUGUCCUCUCCACCACCGCCAGCAGUCUUGUCCCCCACACAGCAGUCCGCGCCAUCACUGCAACAACAACAGCAACAGCAACAACAGCAGCAGCAAUUCCAACAACAAUCCCAACAAUCCCAACAACUAAUGGGCACCCUCCCCUUCACGAGCAACUCCUCCGUCUCCUCCCUCGCCCUCUCCGAAGCCUUCAAACGCUUCAAAUUCAAACAAGACGAUCCGUGCUACAAAGUCCUCCCCGCGGUCCUCAAAGGCCACCGCAUCAACGACGACUGGCGCCAAUACGCCCUCCUCGUCUGCUUCGGCGAUCAAGAGCGCUUGCUCGGGCUCGACGAGAAACCACUGAGCGUGCUCAAGGAACUGCAGGAUCAGGGCAAGCAGCCGGUCUUUAUGCUGCGGCCUAUCCAGGGAUGGAAACACGAGCAGGGCGCGAUCGUGACGGGAACACCCGGUGGGGUAUUGUAAUUUAUAUGUUGUGUAUCUUGUCUCAUUGCAAAUCUGGUGUUAUCGUACUUGAUCUGUUCUUUUGUCCUAAUUUAUAAUAUUGUUUCAUUUCAGAUUCUAGUCUAUAUAAAGUCUUUUUAGUGUUUGGUAUCGUUGUUGUUUCUAGUCUACAUAUGCCUCAUAGAUACGUGACGGCAUCCGGCAUUUUUGAAUUGUACAAUAAUACACCGUGACUCAUUCGCAGUAUCUUACUUUA